GAUCGCCAUUCACCAAAACCUCCUUCCAUGGCCGGACCGGAUGCUGCCAACCUCCAUCAGUCCAUGCCCGUCACCAAGGAAUGCAUCGAUUCCCCUCCCCUCAAUUCCCCAUAUCAACAACAAAUUUUCUUAAUUACCAAACUUCUUGUUUCAGGCAAGGAGUUGCUCUCAUCGCUCCUACCAUACCUUGUAUCCCUGCCCCCCCACAAAAAAAAAAAAAAUCUAGCGUUAACCCGCUCCAAUAUUUUUAGACGAGAGGCGUUGGUCCUAUUGGUCUAAACGCACCCAAUUCCAUCAUUGCCUGUUAUCACCCACCCUCAUGACAAGCAAACAUAACCAUCAAAAAAUAGCAAGCACUUCGAACUCCGUCCCCAAUCCCAGUCCGUUUCCACCUCUGCUAUUUCUUUAAUCUCAUUCGACGGUUAUCCGCUCACCCCCGGUAAGCCGGAGUCACGCAAGGAAGAAAAGAAAGCCAAGAAAGGCACGGGCUUUGGCCUUUGGCUUCGGUCCCUCGAGAGAGGGAGAGAGAGAGGGAGAGAGGGGAGAGGAGAAGGAGCGAGAGGGACGAGCUCUCGAUCUCUCUCAGGGAGAUGGAGUUGGAUAGCAUCGAGUGCGUGUCGUCGUCGGACGGGAUGGACGAGGAGAAGGCCGCCGCUGCGCUUCAUUACCACCCAUCCUCGAAGCCCCACGGCGGCGGCGGCGUGGUCAAGCCGAGGAUCUCUCCGGCUUCGACCGGCGUCCACGAGCUGCUCGAGUGCCCCGUCUGCACCAAUUCCAUGUACCCUCCGAUCCACCAGUGCCUCAACGGGCAUACACUGUGUUCAGAAUGUAAAACAAGGGUACACAACCGCUGCCCUACUUGUAGACAGGAGCUUGGAGACAUCAGGUGUUUAGCAUUGGAGAAGGUGGCGGAAUCACUUGAGCUUGCCUGCAAGUAUAGCUCACUAGGCUGUCCAGAAAUCUAUCCAUACUACAGCAAGCUCAAGCAUGAAGCUCAGUGCAACUUCAGACCAUACAACUGCCCAUAUGCAGGUUCUGAAUGCUCUGUUGUAGGUGACAUUCCUUUCUUGGUCACGCAUUUACAGGAUAACCAUAAAGUAGACAUGCACAGUGGAUGCACGUUCAACCAUCGAUAUGUGAAGUCCAAUCCGCGAGAGGUUGAAAAUGCUACCUGGAUGCUGACUGUCUUCAACUGUUUCGGGCAGUACUUCUGCUUACACUUUGAGGCAUUCCAGAUAGGGAUGGCCCCAGUAUACAUGGCAUUUCUGCGCUUCAUGGGUGAUGAGAAUGAAGCAAGAAAUUUCUGCUAUAGCCUUGAGGUUGGGGCUAAUGGCAGAAAGCUAAUAUGGGAAGGCACCCCCCGAAGCAUCCGUGAUAGCCACCGCAAAGUGCGGGACAGUCAUGAUGGCCUCAUAAUCCAGAGAAAUAUGGCGCUCUUCAUCUCUGGAGGAGAUAGGAAAGAGCUGAAGCUGCGGGUUACGGGUCGCAUAUGGAAGGAACAACAAGACCCUGAUUCUGGAGUGUGCAUACCCAAUCUCUGCCACUGAAACUAAAACCAUAUGUAAAAUUUGCAUCUCCCGAAUCCACAUUACGUCAGUGUUAUCUUUGUUACUUGUUGGUAACAUUGUUUGCCAUUUUAUGUUUAAAUUAAGGAUAGAGGGAGAAAUGUUGUGAAUUCUGUCAUAACAGGAUUUAAGUUGUGAAUUGUCUAAUAAGCAUUAAUCUGUCAGUCACCAGAUAAGAAUAUAUGUUGUAUCAUUUA